UGCCUCUCCACGGCUGGGCACUACUACUACUAUUAUACUACUGCACUGGUACUGGCAGGGAGCGUCGACCAAAUGCUGCAACAACAACAUUGUAGUAUACCUACGUUGUCACCACUUCGCGGCGAUGCUCUUGGAGAUUAUCUGAUAAGAUGUUCGCAACGCCGGAGCUCAACGGACCUUGGAUUGGCCAAUGGCAGGCUGCUUAUUAUCGCCCCACGUCAUGAACGGGCAAGGCUCAAGUUUGGAAAAACAAACCAUAGAUGUGUGUCAAAAUAUUCCUCCUGGGUCGAGGGCAACACAAAGGAAGAUCCAGAGACGCCAGCAGCCUAGACCACCACACCUGAGCCCAGUAUGAGUCUCUCCAAACUCGCAGAAUUCGGUACUCGCCAUGUUGCUCGAGGAAUCGGGCGACUGGCGACCGAGGUGAUUGAAAGCGGCUCUGGGAGCUAUGUGACGAUGGCGAGUGGGCGGAAGAUGCUCGAUUUCACUUGCGGAAUUGGUGUCGCCAACUUGGGCCAUUGUCAUCCCGCUGUGACCAAGGCUGCUCAAACGCAAGUCGGCAAGAUGGUGCAUGCGCAGGUCAACAUUGCAUUCCAAAAACCAUACCUGGAUCUCAUCAAAUCUCUUUUACCGCUCAUGCCGCACAAGUCUCUGGACACGUUCUUCUUCUGGAACUCGGGCUCGGAGGCCGUCGAAGCAGCAGUCAAGCUUGCUCGACACGCGACCAAGAAACCCAACAUCAUCGUGAUGCAAGGCUCUUAUCACGGACGAACAUUCGGGACCAUGGCCAUGACACGAUCCAAGACCAUCUACAGCGAGAACUACUCGCCGCUCAUGCCCGGAGUAUUUGCCGUUCCUUUCCCCUACUGUGCACAAUGUUCGAUCGCAAAGCGCUGCGACGGCAAGUACAACGCUGAAAACUGCUGCAUGGAUCCUGUGGAGCAGUUGGAGCUCCUUCUUAAGCGCGAAACCGCACCGUCAGACACGGCCGCAAUCUUCAUCGAGCCUGUCCUUGGAGAAGGCGGCUACGUGCCGGUGGUCCCGGCGUACCUGAAGCGUGUUCGAGAGAUCUGUGAUAGACACAACAUUCUGCUUGUGGCAGACGAAGUUCAGUCUGGGUUUGGUCGAACCGGCAAGAUGUUUGCCAUCGAGCACUAUGGCGUCCGGCCGGAUAUCAUGGUUAUGGCAAAAGGCAUUGCAAACGGCUUCCCAUUGUCCGGAAUUGUCUCGAGAAAGGAACUCAUGGACACGCAAAAGCCUGGUUCCAUGGGCGGCACGUACGCCGGCAAUGCUGUUUCGUGCGCAGCAGGCGUCGCUGUUGCUCAAGCCUUCAAGGAUGAAAAGAUUCUCGACAACGUCAAUGCGAGAGGCAAGGAGAUGAUGGAUAUGCUGAAAAAGGCCAAAUCCGACUUCCCCCAUAUGAUCCACGACGUCAGAGGAUUGGGCUUGAUGCUGGCUUGUGAGUUCGUGGGCGGCAAAAACUUUGCAUCCAAAGUGCAGGCCAAAUGCAUGGAGCAGGAUAUGCUCGUUCUGACCACCUCGAUUUAUGACACUCUGCGAUUCAUUCCGCCUUUGAACAUCUCGCAGGAGGAUAUGGCCAAGGGCUGCGGCAUCAUUCGCCAGGCUAUCGAGGAGGUAGCGGCCGGCGAGAAGCCUGCAGAGACCGGAACCAAAGGCCAAGCGCCUGAAUAAACGCUUCAGUCGAGAGGCGCCGGUUGUAGAUGUCCUUGUUUGGGUGGGCCGGGAAGAUAUUACCUCAGGACAAAGGUCGCUGCGUUAUAUACGAGUUGGACCGGUGCAGCAUUCUGUACUACUAGGUGUAGUGGGAACCGAAGCGACAUCGGGGUGUUGACAUGCUGGAGCUCUUGCAGUGGUCCAGCACCCCUCUAGUGUCUGUUCCCCAACUGGACUCGUUAGUACAGUACCAGCUACAUAUAAUGUCCCUUGUACGUCGGUCCUCUGGCAUCGUCGGCACCAGAGGAACUGGGAUUUUUGCUUAGCAGAUCAAGAUACAUAUAAUCUCUUCCUGUAGUAAAUCUAUUUCAAAAUAUAUGCUGCCAAUGUAUGUUGUCGGAAUUGACUGCCUGAUACGACCACUUGACGGGAUUGAAC